GCCGACACUUCGGCUGGCGCGUGGAGUUGAAUAUGACUCGCUUUUCUGAGAUAUCUCGACGUUUUUAUCUCAAAAACUCAGUUACUCCAUUUGAAGAAGACUCCACUCAUGAGUUUAAGGGUCACAGAAACAUAAGUGCAGAGGAGGUUCCACCAUGGUGUUAUAUUCCAGGAACAGACAGGCGAUCACGAAAGGCGGUAUCAAGGAAUAUCAAUGGGUUUUUAAAUACUGGUAAAGGUGGUACCAUUUAUCUUGGGAUUGUGGAUGAAGGCAAGGUGAAAGGCUUACUGCUCACACAAUAUCAGAGAGAUCAUGUCAGAAUUGCAGUUAAGGAUGCCUUGAGUAGAUACACUCCUCCUGUUCCUGAAGAAUGCUAUAAAGUUGAGAUUAUACCAGUCAUUGAUUCUGAAGAAAAAGUAGAUGAGUCAACAGCGUUCCUUGAUCUUCAAGAUGAUAGUUGCAAUGAAGUGGACAGUAACUGCUUGAGGCCACACAUCCUCAGGACAUCUGAUUUCUGCUGGUGUGAUAGCCAUGCAAAGGAACAAUUUUCUGAGGGAUUCCCUCCCUCUCUCUAUGUGGUUGAGAUUACUGUGUUUCCUUGGAAAAAACAGCAGCUUAAGAUAGAGAGAGGCUGUAUUCAAUUUGACCUCCAUCCUGUGUAUGAAGACGAGGAGGGCAAAUGUCACUUUAGAAGACAAGCAAGCUUAGUACAGUAUUCAGUUCAAGAAGUGGUGGAACUUACAAAAGCAGAAAUAAAAAAUCACUUUAUGCCUUUGCUGUUAAGUCUCAGAGAUGAGAUGAAAACCAUCCGAGAUAGGCACAAAUUACACAGUUGACAAUUGCCAGGAGCUCAAGUUCAAGAAAGAAUGUUGCAGCCAGGAUGCUUCUCAAUACUUCAUUUUGCAGUUUCCUUGGAGGUUCACUUGAGACAGCCAUCAACUAAAGUGGAAUUGUUUAGGCGCAGUUACAAUGGCUUACAAAGCUACACAUACCAUUCUUAGUAGAGAUGAAACAGUUUAUGUGGAGAAUAGGUCACAUGUUACUAGUGGGCAAAGUUGUGAACAGUGUAUCAACUGAAAUCCCCUCAUCAAGAGGGUUUAGUUCUGAAUGAUUUAAAGCAUUUGGAAAUACAACUUACAGCAUAGUAAUUUUGACAUGAAUGACCUUCAAAUCUUUAUGGAUGUACUUCUUUGCAAGCUCCUUGAUGCUUUGAUCAUGGCUCUAAGUUGUAAUGGAAGCUCUUGGAGAUUUUGGUCAAACUUUGUUUUUUUGGUUGUUUGUUUUGUUUUACUCAAGAAUCUUCACACAGCCCAAAUUAGUAAAUCUGGCUAUCAUACAAGAGAUUUGCAGUAGUAUUUUUUACCAAAAAGCUUUGUUUGAAUUUUAUUACUUUUUUUGAAAUGUAAAUAGAGAGAUGUACCAUUAAAUGUAUAAACUGCAUUUAAAAAAAAUUGGUCUGACUCAUAAAUUUUGAAUCCUCAGUACACUUAGGGCAAAUUGACUAUGUGCUUGCCAUCAAAAAUUUUCUGUACUUACUGAAACUGCACUGCGCAAAAUUCGUGGCAAUGGAAUGAACAACUCCACAUCAUGUUGAAAUAGGUACAAUUCACUUUCAUUCUUCAAUGGCAUAAGUGACACAAGUUGAAACUUAAAUAACAUACGAUUACAAAAGUUACACAAUAUAUGAUAUAGAGAAAUAACAAACAUGACAGAAAGAGGACUAUAAAACACUUAAAUUGUUAUGGCCAUAGAAAAGAUCAAGAUUGAUACUGCUAAGGCCAAAAAAAAAAA